CAUCUGAAAAAGUAUAGUUAAAUCGAUAAUCGUAUCUCUCGAAAGUCACACAUAAGCCUAAUGCAGACUGCACGCAGCAAGCGUCAAGCAGCAUUUAUUAUCAGAAACCGGUUUUCAAUGGUUCUCCCACGUGGAAGGCGGUUGGUAAAGCGGGGAUAAGUUACAACGGUACAUACUUUCACAUGAUGUGCAUUCGUUGUUCGAAAGCAAACUUGUUGCGGACUGAAUGAUUGAAUUAAUUCUAGUCCCGCUUAAAUCAAAAUAUGUCAGACGAAAAGAAACUUGGAAAAGAGCAGGACAAAAAGAAAACACAAUGUGCCAUGAAAAGACGAAUAAUGAAUCUGAAGGUGAAGACGAUACUGAAGAUUAUUUUAUCUUCUAUAAUGGGGCCUUUGAUUCUCUAUGGCAUACUUUUCGUAUACAUGCGUUAUCAAACGCAUUUGAGGCAUCUGUUUGAUAGAUCGGUGAUAAUAAAUGAAGCUCGACCAAAGUACUGGGUCUAUACCAAGGGCAAUGACACCGGCUACCUGAAACACGUACAUGCAGUGCUCCAAAGACUCGGCUUCCAAGAAGGCAAUAAUCAAUCUGACUGGGAUCUGUUGUGGGCCCAUGAUUAUCCAUUUCGUGUACUGUCCCCGAGCUUAAGGAAAUUGCAGCAACAUCAGCGAGUCAAUCAUUUCCCCGGCUGUGGCUACAUCACGAAUAAGGUGGAUCUGUCGACAUCGCGCAACGGCCGGUACAUUCCGGCGGCAUUCAAGAUGCCCGAGGACCAGCAAGCCUUCCUCGAUUACGCCAGAUCAAAUCCGGCAAAGCGGUUUGUGCAGAAGUCAAACGAUCACCGAGGCAUCCGUAUUCGCGGCAGCGACGACGCAAAUUUUACCGCUGAUACGUUCGUCCAAGAGUUCAUCGAGCGGCCAUUCCUCGUAGACGGAUAUAAAUUCGAUAUUGGCGUAUACACCGUUAUAACGUCCGUGGAUCCAUUGCGGGUGUACGUUUAUAAAGGCGACGUGUUGUUCCGCUUCUGUCCAAUCGAAUAUUAUCCAUUCGACCCAGAGAUUCUGGAUAAAUAUGUGGUUGGCGAUGAUUAUCUGCCGAUUUGGAACGUGCCGUCCUUGAAGAAAUAUUAUACUGAACUCGGGCACUCGAUGAAGGAUUCAUUCGAUGCAUACGUUAGAGAGCAAGGAAAAAAUCCGGAGGAAAUGUGGGACAAGGCAUAUGAUGCUAUUCGGGAAGUCGCUUUGAUGAAGGAGGCACAGAUCAGAGAAGUCUCCAAACGUUUUGGUAAUGGCAGACAUUUCUUCGAGCUUGUAAGAUUCGAUCUGGCCCUCGACGAGGAUCUGAAUGUCUACAUGAUGGAAGCAAACAUGUCGCCAAAUCUGUCCUCCGCGCAUUAUCCUCCAAAUCAGUUACUCUACGAGCAGGUGAUAUUCAAUACAUUAGCGUUAGUUGGUAUUGCCAAGAGGAUCAGAAGAGAAUCCUUGAGAAUAAGAAAUAAAAAGGAGGAAGAAAUGGAAGUAGCAAACAAGAAUAUCGUAGUGCUGCCGGAGCUUUGCAAGAAAUGCGAUAACGAUUGCUUUCGCAUAGAGUGCCAACUGUGUCGACCAUGCUUCACAUUGGAAACGAAACUUAUUUUGUCGCAGAGUUAUCUUGAGCAUCAGAAUCAGAUGGAUUUUCAAAGAAUUUUCCCACCGCCGAUAACGAGAGACAUGACGCUGAAGAAUUACACACUGAGAAAUCAAUUACUUAUUAGAUGGUAUCAAGGAAAAUGCAAACUGGAUAAGACAUGGUGCAGAUGAUUACGGUAAAAUUAGAAAUUUAUCCUAAGUCUUAUAUAAUAUUUAUUUCAACUGUAAACUGUAUAUGUAAAACUGUAUAUAUAAUGUAUAAACAAGUAGAAAUAUGAAAAUCAUUUAAUAAGUAAAUGUAAAGUAAAAACGCG